CUAAUUGUACAUGAGCGUUCAAGCCCUAUGGCCUGCAUACUUGUAGUUUUCUCCCCAGGAUGGUGUCAGCAUCAUUUCGUUGGUCCAUAACAUUUGUGGUGUUUCUGGAUAAAGUAGCAUUUCCUGUGGCCUGAGGCAGGGCAAUUUGAGACAUGCAGUUGGCGUCCCCUGGAUUCAAGUUCCGUGUUUCUCAUCAAUUAACAGCUGAUACCAGAACCAAGGACCUGUCGCUUUUCCGUUCCGUGCUACAACUGAGUGGGGGAGUAUUGGCCUCGAUGCCGAACUUUUCCAAGGUUCUGUCAUUCAGAUGUACUUGAACUAGUCCCACCGUAGACCUUCAGAUAAGUAGGAAUGCUGUGAAAAUUGUGAAGAACUCAAAAUACGAAGGCGACGGUCAGCUGAGCUUUCGCAUACGACACCUUCUUCAUCGGAACAUCUCAGAUCGGAAUGCGGAUGACUACAUCACGUUGCCGAGUUUGUUUGUGCUAGACGAGCUGUAACACCAAAACAUUUCCGUAUAUGGCCGCCCCCGGAGCCAUGUAGUUAAGAUACUCUGCGCUAAACCCUGCCCUGUUGGAAAAGCGCUGCGUUUUGCUGAUACCUGGAGUAUUUGUCCGACCUCCCGCGACCAGAAGUGAACUUCUCCACACGGCGGAGGGACACGGGCGGUGCGCACACUUUCCGAACCAGAGCGGGAGCCGGGUCUUGUUUGCACAGGACGUCCCAUUGACGGAAGCCUGCGGAGAACGAUUGAUUUCUGGGCCAUUUACAGCGUUGGAAUACAACCUUGAUUUGGACCAAGGAAGAGCAAGAGGACAUGGGAAGAUCUUUAAGACGUCAGACUGUAUAAAUCUUUAUUUGAUUGCGAGGAUUUGUGGAAAGUUGCCAUGCCAGUGCCCCAGGUGUCCGGUUCAGAACACGGAGGGGAGUGUCUUGUACAGUUGUAGUAAGGACAGUUUCAACCCCUGCUGUUCUACCGGCAAAUAUCCAGCAUUUAUCGGUGUGCAGUGAGUUUUAAACACUCCCGCGCCAAGUUGAAGAGUUGGACUGCGUACAAGAGACUGAAAGGCAGUUUCUAGGCGUUCGCUGUCCACGUUGAGGUCGCCGGUAUUUCUGAUUCCAAGUGAGCAGCGGGACGUUAGCGGUGAACCAUGGCAGGAUCGCUCCUCCGGGCAGACCCGGACCGCUAUCUCUUCGGGGACCAAAAAGAACUCAGCAAACUUCGCUCCCAGGCCUUCGACUCCAAGAAGAACUGCUGGAUUCCAAACGAUAAAGAUGCUUUCCUGGCCACAGAGAUUGUACAGACGAAGGGCGAUUCCCUGACAGUGCAGACUGAAGAUGGAAAGACCUUCCAGGUGAAUAAGGAUGACACCCAGCAGAUGAACCCGCCCAAGUUUGAGAUGACAGAGGACAUGGCUAAUUUGACCUAUCUGAACGAAGCAUCUGUGCUGUACAAUCUGAAGCAGCGCUACUUCCAUGGACUGAUCUAUACAUACUCUGGGCUGUUCUGUGUGGCCAUCAACCCUUACCGCUCCCUGCCCAUCUACUCCAACAAAGUGGUGUCCAUGUACAAGGGCAAGCGGAGGACAGAAAUGCCUCCUCAUGUCUUCAUGGUGUCUGACAAUGCCUACAACAGCAUGUUGUUAGGUGAGUACAUUUUGCUUGCUCCAGCUUACAGAAACAGCACUGGGGGGUGA